AUGGUGGUGUGGUUUCGCUGCUCCUUAUGCGCGCGCGCGUGGCGGGAGUCCAUUAGCAGUCGGGUUGCGCGUUAUGAAAAUAAAUUAGAAAAAACCCCCCGCGACGCGCGUGGGGAGGUUAUUCAGCUCUGCCCUUCCUGCGAGCUGCGAGGGGCGGAAGGGCGCUUGGAAACCCCGUCAACCAAUGCAUCCGAUCAGCGGAAUCGCCAGGCAUCGCCUGCGCACUUUCUUUCGCAGGAUUUGCUUCUUAUGGAAGAGGUUUGCCUUCGGCCUGAUCAGGAUCCGAGCACGAUCCCGCUUCGGAGCGAGCAGGUGCUUUCCUGGCGUUGUCGCUACUGCGGUUAUCAAUUUCAAAGUAGUUUGCGCAAGCGGGUAGCGUGCUAUGAAGGGUGCCCGCAGUGCCAUGGGAAGGUCUGCACGCCCAUGAAUUCACUCCCCAUUCAGCGACCCGACGUGGUGCGGGAGGUCGCCAAAACCAUCAGUCGAACGAAGCUCACGAAGCUGACGAUCUUCUCGGAGCAGGAGAUUCCAUUUGUCUGCCGCACCUGCUUUUCGCCCUACCGGAUGACGCCGAAAGCACGUUGCAUGAUCCCGAAAGGUGGGGUUGCCUGUCCGAAGUGUUUUUUGAACUACUCGCAAAUCGCAUCGAACGAGGCGGGAUCCGAAUCGCAUCCGCGCAGACUGACGGCCAAAAAAAGGCGCGAGCUCCGAGAUAAAGCACACCGUUUGUGCUUGAGCGGUCGCAGCAAAGAGAAAUUAGAAGCAACGCGUAACGAGAUCGAAAAAAGGGAUCGCAUACUAAUAAAUUGA